UUGACGUUUAAUUACAUUUAUGUGCUAAGCGCCAAAGUGCAAGUUUUAGUUUUAUUUGUACAUAUUUUUGUUGAUUUGUUUAUACUUUGCAACGUUCUAGUGUUUAUUUUUUUAAAUAAGUUUAACAAUUUACAUACAUAUAUAGAUAAAUUGUAGGCGUAAUGAUUCUUAUGUUCAUUUUACGUUUUUUAUUGAGCAAAAGGUUUAUGAUAUUGCUAAUUGUAAUUUUGAACGCUCGUGAUUUCAUAGAUCACAUGAUUAGUUUGAAAGUUAAAGAUAUUCAACUUGAUCAUAUUUUUGGUAAAAGCCUAGUUAAACAAUGCAACUAUAUACUAGCCAAUGUGGAAUAUGAUGAAGCAAAUACACACAAUAUCUUAGGCCAUCUGAUAAGCAGGUUCGGAAGUCACAGACAAACGGCAAUGUUUCAAUCGAAAAUCAAUCAAAAUGACAAAAUAAUCGCAAAGAGCUAUCCGAAAAGUAUGGAGAUCAUGCGAUCACUUACCUAUCCACUAAACCGUGAAUAUCUGAGAAAAGAAUAUAUGGCUAAAGUCUUUAAAUCCGAUUUGCACAUCUGUCCACACGAGAGUGUACAGCAAUUUGUCAACUUUUUCACAACGCAUAGUGGACACAAUGAAACCGCGGUGUGGCUGUUCCUGCUCACCAAUCCACAGGUGCUGAUACAUCCCUAUCUGCAGGCUCACGGAUUUCCGGUGCCGCCGUUGUUCGGCAUAUGUGGUUUAACCAUAUUUCAGAUGCAUGUCGGCCAAACGCUGCACCACUUCUACGAGGCAAAUUUCGAUAUCAAAUUGCGCAUAGCCAAGCAGCUGCUUGAGGCCGCUUUGAAAUUCACAAAUGGCUUCGAGGGUUUUCGCAUGUAUAUAACCGAUAUAACGGCCGAUAAUCUAAUCUACAAUGUGGAACGUGAUAAACUAUAUUUCAUUGAUCUAAAUACCGCGUAUAUAGUGCAUGCGGGGAGCACAACGAAUAGCGAUGACAUAGAUCAACAUGAAAAUAUCGCCUGUGAUGAUUGCUUUGCCUUCGUGCCGAUACGUUUGUGCACGUAUGGCAUAAGCGAUAUGAAUCUACUCGAAUCGUGUCGAUUUUUGCGUGAGGACCUGAAACGUGAUCGCACGAAAGGUUUCUUAAAACCCAUACCAACGGAAAUCACAACGAAGUACACCGAUUUGGAAACACUGCUCGAUAACUGUGUGGAUGGUGGCAUUAAAACUGAAGCGGAGACGAUCGAAGAAAAUUCGCGCUUUCUCACAACCCUUAAGUUAAUCGAAUUAAUCUCGAAUAUUUUAAAUGAAUUUUAGGUUAUGUUAGAAAUUAAGUAAACAUUGUAAGUGCAUUAUGUCACAUUUGUAAAUUGUUAGUAAUGUAAAAAAACAUUUAAGGUGAUAUUAAAGUGAAAAUAAAUGUGAAAUUGUAAGAUUUUUUAUAGUACAGAA